CAUGUGACCCAUUUAGUGUUAAUUUUCUGUGUUUCUGUUCCCUAUUAUUUUGGAAUCGAUUUUAAGGUAAGGUGUGAGGUAAGGAUUAAUGUAUGUUUCUUCCCCAUAGUAAACUUAAAUCCUGUAUUACUAAUGCCAGUCUUUUUGUUCUUUAUCCAGAUAACAUUUUCAAAAGAAGUCAAAUGGUUGUAUGUGAGGCUCUUUCUGGUUUUGAUCCUGUCCUAUUGGUACCACUGUCUCCAUUAUAGUAGGACCUAUUUAAAACUUUGUAUCUAAUUAUUUCUUUUUAAAAUAUAAUUUUCAAAUAGAAAUAAAUAUGGAGAGAUAUUCUCAUUAUUUUAAUAUUAUAAUGAUUAUUUCACUGGGACAAUGCAUUUAAAUCUUGUUUUUUGAGACAAAGUAUCAUGUUAAAUAUACUUUAAAUUCUAGGAUAUGAAAUAUGGAAAGUCCAGACAGAAAAAAACAGAAGGUUUUAAAGGCCAAAAAAACAAUGUCUACAAGUUGCCGGAAGCAGUUGGAGAUCCUAAACAAGUUAAAGAAUGUUGAAGCUCCAAAGCCAACAUUUGAAACUAAUAUUCCAAAUGGCCAUAACCAAAAGAAGAUGUUUUCAGAAAACAAAGAAAAUGUUAAGGCCAUGAAAACUUCAGAGCAAAUUAAUGAGAAUGCCUGUGUAGCUCUGGAAAGGCAUGCAGCUGUGCUAGAACAGGUUAAACACUGGAUUCGACAGGAGAUCUACAUGAUAAGCUGUAAUUUAUUUGAUAAAAAACUGAAUGAAUUGAAUGAACGCAUUGGGAAGACCCAGUGCAGAAACAAGCAUGAAGCAAUAGCUGAUCAACUCUUUGUAAAAAUAAGAAGACUUCAAAGACAUAUCAAAAAAGUAUUAUCAUAUCAAGGAAAUGGUUUGGAAUCAAACACCACAUUACCCAAUAAUACAGUCUGUAAGGUUACAGAUUCAGAGGUCAUGAAUAUGAAUAUGAGUGUGGCCCAAGAGCCAGCUAUAACACUAAGUAAAAGAAUGUCUUCUGUGAACCAUACCUCCUUUAACUCUUCAGAAAAAGCAAAGGGAAGGAUUAAUUUGCCAUCAGCUUGUGUUGAAUUUGUUUCCGAAAGUAACACUGAUGAUGUUAUGUUGAUUUCUGUGGACAACCCUACAACUCCAAUUACAUCAGGUCCAACAGUAACUGGAAAAAAGACAUCAAGAAAUUCUAGCAACUCCCCUAAUACCAUAAUUGAAGUUGGGGCUGCAGAGAAGAAACUUGAUUUUGUUAUUGACUUGACAAGAGAAGGCCUGUCCAACUACAGCAGAGAAAGCCCAGCAUUCACCCUGAAGUCAUCUUCGAAAGCUGUUUUAGGAUCAAAAGAAAUAAUCCCAGUGGCAGAAAAUGGAGAUGAGGAUUUUGAUUCAUUUGAACACCUGCCACCUCUGCCAGAGCCACCACCACCACUCCCUGAGAUGGCAGACAAAAUCCACGACACACUUCCUCCCCAACAGCUUGAGCUGAGAGUGAAGCGGGUGCUGAGUCCCAUAGGCAUUGCCCUGACAUGGAACAUUCCUAAGGUCAACCCCAAGUGCGCUCCUGUGGAGAGCUACCACCUCUUCCUGUGCUGCGAGAACACUAAUCACUUGACUUGGAAGAAAAUUGCAGAAAUUAAAGCUUUACCACUCCCGAUGGCCUGUACCAUAUCUCAGUUUUUAGCUUCUACCAAAUAUCAUUUUGCUAUCCAGUCAAAAGACAUUUUUGGGCGAUAUGGACCAUUUUGUAAUAUAAAAUCUAUUCCUGGGUUUUCUGAAAACUUGACCUAAAAGUCCUCAGUAGUUAUAUGUUGUGCACGUGUCUUGUUUUCAUAUUUGAAUGUUUUGUUUACAGUGUUUCUCUAACAUUGUACAUUGUAAUGUUGUAUGGUGCAGUUUCUGAUCCCUUUGUGUGGGGACAGUUUUACAUGUGUUGUAAAGUGUCUUGGAAUUUUGUGUAUUUCUAAUUUGCAUUCAGUAUGUACUUCUGUUAUCUGUGUUGUCACACAUAACCUAUCAUGGACCCAUGUUGCCAUCCUGUGUUCCUAUGGUGACUAUGGACUUGCUACUGUGUCAGAAACCCUCGGGUACAAGGAGCUACUUUUCCCAUUCUUGACAAUCAGCUAUAAGCAAAGCCAAUCAUUUGCCAAAGGUGGAUCAUCCUGAGAUGCGUGUCUGCCAUGAUAGAAUACACAGAGAUUCCUUCCUGUUGUUUUCAUCCUAAAGUAGACUAUUGAUUUGUGCUUGUUUGCCUAGCAGUCAUUUGAGAGAAGCAGCUUGGAGCUUUUGCCUAAACACUACAGUUGGCUAGAUCAGGCACUGGCGGGGGAAUGCCUCUUCUUUCUGCACUUGGGAGGCAAAGACAGGCAGAUCUUUGAGUUUAAGGCUAGCUUGGUUUACAUACAAACUUCCAGGCCAGCCAGAACUACAUAAUCAAAGGCUGUUUCAAAAAAACCUUUUUGUUAGACAUUGUAUGCUAUGGACAUGGAAAUGCACAGUGCUUCUUAGUUUUUUGUUUUUGUUUUAAAUCAUUCAACCUGCUGUUUCAACUUCGGAGUUAAUUCCUUAAAUUUGAGGCUUUAUUUGCUGAUUCUUAAUUUCUCUAAAUGCCUCUUUGCCAGUUUCCUGGCUUCCAUCAGUACUCAGAGAACAUAACACUUAAAAGGCUCUAAUAAAAGGGCUCAAUGCAUACCUCUCCGCAAAGAAGCACUCAAGUGAGGUGCAAGCAGUCCAAGAGAGACUUGUGAAAUCUGCGUCACCACCCAAGAGGAGAUACUAGGUAGCUAGUAACUGAGAUUUU